CCCUGGUGCCAUCGCCCGCAGCUGAGUCUUCGCCUUUAAUUUAUUCCGUUUAUAACAUGCAAGUGACGAAAUAGCUGCUCAACCAGCCAGCCAAAGAGGCAACGUCAGCGAAUCUCGUCCCAUGAUGCAAAUCAAGCGCCUCCUGUGCAAGUCCUGCGGCCUGGGCACCCUUUUGGUGGCGGUCGUCUGGCUGCUGGCGCUCCUCUUCUACUCGCACAGCCUGCGGAGCUCCAUCCGUUCGGCGGGCUGGAGGAUCGAGGAAAGGAACGCCACACCGCGGGCGGAGUUGAGCUACCAGGCCAGGGUCACCAUAGGAUGUACUCCAAAUGAAGCCAGGAACUCCACUGCGCCGAGAGAAUCCCCGGGAGAUGAGAAUCCCGAGCAGCUGGAGCUUUUGGGCGUGGUGCGCAACAAGCAGGACAAGUACAUCCGGGACAUUGGCUACAAGCACCACGCCUUCAAUGCCCUGGUGUCCAAUAAUAUCGGGCUCUUCCGGCAGAUUCCCGACACGCGGCACAAGGUCUGCGAUCGCCAGGAGACCUCCGAGGCGGAGAACCUUCCCCAGGCCUCCAUAGUCAUGUGCUUCUACAACGAGCACAAGAUGACCCUGAUGCGCUCGAUUAAGACGGUUUUGGAGCGCACGCCCAGCUAUCUGCUGCGCGAGAUAAUCCUGGUGGACGAUCACAGCGAUCUGCCCGAACUGGAGUUCCAUUUGCAUGGGGAUCUGCGCGCCCGCCUGAAGUAUGACAAUCUGCGGUACAUCAAGAACGAGCAGCGCGAGGGUCUCAUUCGAUCCCGGGUGAUUGGAGCCCGCGAGGCGGUCGGCGAUGUCCUCGUCUUCCUCGAUUCGCACAUCGAAGUCAAUCAGCAGUGGCUGGAACCGCUGCUAAGGAUCAUUAAGGCGGAGAAUGGCACCCUGGCUGUGCCCGUCAUUGACCUAAUCAACGCGGAUACCUUCGAGUACACUCCUAGUCCCCUGGUGCGUGGCGGCUUCAACUGGGGCCUGCACUUCCGCUGGGAGAAUCUGCCCGAGGGAACGCUCAAAGUGCCGGAGGACUUUCGCGGUCCUUUCCGCUCGCCUACGAUGGCGGGUGGCCUGUUUGCGGUGAACAGGAAGUAUUUCCAGCACCUCGGCGAGUACGACAUGGCCAUGGACAUUUGGGGCGGCGAGAAUAUUGAGAUAUCCUUCAGAGCCUGGCAGUGCGGCGGCGCCAUCAAGAUUGUUCCCUGCUCCCGCGUGGGUCACAUUUUCCGGAAGCGCCGGCCGUACACUUCGCCCGAUGGAGCCAACACCAUGCUGAAGAACUCGCUGCGAUUGGCCCACGUCUGGAUGGAUCAGUACAAGGAGUACUAUUUAAAACACGAGAAGGUUUCCAGGACCUAUGACUAUGGAGACAUUAGCGAACGGCUGAAGCUAAGGGAGCGCCUGCAGUGCCGGGAUUUCGCCUGGUAUUUAAAGAACGUCUAUCCAGAGCUGCAUGUGCCGGGCGAGGAGUCCAAGAAAUCGGCGGCAGCACCCAUGUUUCAGCCUUGGCACUCGCGAAAGCGCAACUAUGUGGACUCGUACCAAUUGCGACUGGCGGAGACGCAACUCUGCGCCGCCGUGGUGGCGCCCAAGGUGAAGGGCUUCUGGAAGAAGGGCAGCUCGCUGCAAUUGCAGCCCUGCAGGCGGGCACCCAACCAGCUGUGGUACGAAACCGAGAAGGCGGAGAUUGUGCUGGACAAGCUGCUGUGUCUGGAGGCCUCGGGCGAUGCCCAGGUCACGGUGAACAAGUGCCACGAGAUGCUGGGCGACCAGCAGUGGCGGCACACCCGCACCGCCAACAGUCCCGUCUACAACAUGGCCAAGGGAACCUGCCUGCGGGCAGCUGCUCCGGCGGCGGGCGCCUUGAUCAGCUUGGAUCUGUGCUCCAAGUCGGGUGGAGCAGGAGGAGCGGGAGGAGCCUGGGACAUUGUGCAGCUCAAGAAGUCGAAGGAGGUGGAGGAGGACAAGGACAAAGCGCUGUGAGCAGGCUGCCCUGCCAGGCGUAUUGCAAUAUUAGACUGAUAACUGUUUAGGUCAAAGUGUAUUAUGUUUAAAUAGCCAGUAUUUUUCAUGAAAUUUUGUAAUAAAAUGUAGAAAACAUAGUUAUCGCUAA